CGCAAUUCAUUAUCACCAAGCGCUUGAUUAUUUGCGCCAAAACGAUACUGAUUCAAAAUAUUUUGCAAAUUUUAAUAAAUAUAAAGACCUUGGUCAGGAGAACAAGAUGGGAGAUCGAAAUCAUACGUUAAAAGGAACACUUUAAAAUUGGUCACAAAAAAGGAAGCACUAUUGUUACACGAAAUAUUUCUUUGCAAAGACACAUGCGAUGAAUAAAACACACGACAAACACACAUACCAAGAAAACCUUGAGAUAGUUUGUUUAGAUCAAUACUUUGAAAUGUCUGACCCUUUAUAUAACGAAAUAAUGCCUUACAUGUGUGGGAUAUGUUUUAUUGAUUUCAAGGAUAGUCAGCAUUUGUUGGAACAUAUGAAAAUACACACUGGGGAGAAAUCAUUAACGUGUGAAUUGUGCAGUGCUGCUUCUAAACAUACAUGUCAAUGUAGUUUACAGAACUUCAUGCAAACAGAUGAUACUCAUGGGUCCGACUUUCAAAAGCACAACAGCAUGUACACAGGAGAGAAGUCUUAUAAGUGCAAUAUAUGUAGUGCUUCUUUUUCUAGUAUUUCUAAUCUUCGAAAACAUGUAAGUCAACAUACAGGGGAGAAAACUUACAAGUGUAAGACAUGUUGUGCUGAAUUUUUUGAGAAAAACACUUUACGUCAACACCAAAAUAUACACAAAGGAGAAAAGUCAUUCAGAUGUGGGACUUGUGGAGCUGCAUUUACUGAAAAAUUUAAUUUGCAGAGACAUGAGAGAUUGCACACAGGGAUAAAGCCAUACAAGUGUAAGACAUGUGAUGCUGCAUAUACUCAAAGAAGUGAUUUACGGAACCACAUGGUAUUACAUUCAGGGAAGAAGCCAUUCAAAUGUGACACAUGCGAUAAAGCCUUUACUUAUAAAAAUAAUUUACAAAGACAUGUGAGAAUACACACCGGAGAAAAGCAAUACAUGUGUGAGACCUGUGGAUCUGCAUUUGCUGAUAAAAGUAGUUUGCAUAGACACAAUAAACUACACACUGGGGAAAAGCCAUAUGGGUGUAAGACAUGUGGUGCUGCUUUUUCUGAAAACAAUAGUUUAAUGAGACACAUUAAAAUACACACAGAAGAUAAGCCAUACAAGUGUGAUACAUGUAAUGCUUCUUAUACGCAAAGCAGUGAUUUACGUGUCCAUAUGAUUUUGCAUACAGGGAUCAAGCCAUUCAAGUGUGAGACAUGUGGUGCUUCAUUUCCUUAUAAAAGCAAUUUGCAGAGACAUUUGCAGAGACAUGCAAGAAUACACACAGUCACUGAAAUGUGAAACAUGUGGCGCUUCCUUUCCUUAUAACAGCAAUUUGCAGAGACAUGCAAGAAUACACACUGAAAUGUGAAACAUGUGGCGCUUCCUUUCCGUAUAAAAGUAGUUUGGAGAGACAUGGAGAUUUCCUCACUCAAGUCUGUGACAUGGGUGGUGCUUCCUUUUCUUAUAAACGUAGUUUACAGAGACACAGAUUAUAUACACAGAAGAGAGCCCUUCAGGUGUGGUUUUAGUGGUAUUUCUUUUGCGGAUUCAACUAGUUUACAUACAGAAAAAUAAAAACUGAUUAACUUUACAUAAACAUAUAAAGGAGGAUCCAUACCAGUUUGCGACAUGUUGUAUUGCAAAUGCUGAUAAAAACUUGUUUUCAUGGACAGGGUUUUGGCUAGGGAGUAAUGGAAGGGUGCUGCACCCUGUCCUUUUUUGUAGCACCCUUCUGGCUCAUGGAGACCAGCAUGGGCACCAUUUUGCCCUCAUAGAAUUAAAUGUUCAAGACCAUAAAAUAUUCAUUUUGUUUUGUUUAAAAUUGAUUUAAGAUUAAAAAUACAUACAAACUUUACAUAUCUGGCAGUUAAAACCUGAUAUUACUUUAAUUAAACACAAUUUCAAAUGUUUUUUUCAAAUUCAUAAUUAAUGUUAAAGUUGUUCAUGGCCAAAUUAAAUGUGCCCUUUUUACCCUAAGCCUUUGUCUCUUUUCUGCAGCACCCUGCUCUUUCUAAAUCCUGCCUUAAUUCCUAUUGGCACAUAAAUACUACACAUCUAUAGGGCAGAAGCCAUACUAGGUUGAGGCAUGUGUUAUUGCUUUUUUAAACGAAAUGUAAUUCACAUUGUCAGUCUUGGCAAUUCUAUUUGAAAUGAUCUCAACCUAGAUAUGGAAGUCACCAUUUUCAUCUAAGCAGGUUUAUGCAUCAGUCAAUUGUAACCACACACACACACACACACCCAGCUCGGGGGGUAUACCGGGGAUAGCAGGGGAAAUAAGUCGUGUGGCCAUCAGGUCAUCAAAUAUGGAGCAUAAGGUUGCCUGGCAGUGCCGAGUAAAUAGGGUGGAAGAAUGGGCCUUACCUUGGUAUCCCAGGGUGUGGUUGCAUUUGGCGGGGAUUUUACCAGCAGUUUGUCUCCACAGAGCGGGGAUUUUACCCGAGAUUAGCUGGGACGAAAGUCAAAGUCCCUGCUAUUCCCCGGAUCUUGGUCGGGGGUCAUGGUUACAAUUGAUUGGUGCAUUAAACUUACAGUGAAAUAUGCAGUGACAGAAUUUGUUUAUAGGAACAUCUCUUAAAUUUGCACUCUCACAGUUUUGACAACUGUUUGACAGUUUUGACAACUUUUUCAUUUUUUGUCUCAGAAUCAGCUGAUGUUGGCAUCAGUGUUUCAGUAUAACACACACUCAAACACAUCGCAAUUGUUUGAAUUAUGGCCAGAAACUUAUAUUUUCUUAGUAACGCCUUGAGGUCCAAAACAUCAGAUUUUGACAAUAAUAUAAAUACAGAUCUACGAUCCAAUCUUUAGUCAGCCUUCUUAUAGCACUAGUUUCGAGAUGUUUACGCACAAAUUGGCUCAUUCCAGGACAAAAAAUUAAAAAGUAGCGAAAACAGUCAAUCUGUAAGAGAACAGCUUUAAAAAAAUGAUUUUUAUUUAUUGAAGAGUAUUCUGCAUGAAAAAAUAGAACACUUAACAAAUGAAUAAUGAAUUAAAAUUGUGUUUAACAAUGUGUACUUCAUGUAUCAAUAUUUUCAAAAAACAUGAUUUAUUGAGAGACAUUUGCCAAUAUUAAAACAGUAGCUACAUGUACCAGAUAAUGAUGAUGCAGAUGCAUUUUCAGCUUAUUUCUUAUGAAAUAUUCUCUCGUAAAUGUUCCUUUAAAGCUGCACUCUCACAGAUUUUCCAUUUUUACAACUUUUUUAUUUUUUGUCUUGGAAAGAGCAAAUUUUUUUGUAAAUAUCUGCAAACCAAUAAUAUAAGAUUGCUGACAAAAAUUCAGAUCGUAGGUUUUCAUAUUUCCGUUCGAAAAUUAAUGUUUUAUGGCUUUUAAGCGGUUGAAGAAAAUGCCUAAAAUAUCAAUUUUUGAACUUAAUUAUAAAUAUCUGCGAUCUUUUCUUUUGUCAACAGUCUUAUAUAAUCGGUUUCCAUGGAUUUUCGCAAAAAUUGUCUCUUCCAAGAUAAAAAAUAAAAAUGAUGUCAAAACGUUCAAUCUGUGAGAGUGCAGCUUUAAACAACAGAACAUAUAUUUAUGAAACGUUGAAUUCAUUAUGUUGCUUAACAUUGUAUUUCAGGCUUACCAGAAUUGGAUUUUUUCGACUACUGGGCUUGUCCAUGUAUUGUUUUAUUUUAUAAUGCUGUAUUAUGUCCUUCAAACUUGCUUGUUGGAAAUUUCUUUAUGUUGUGUUUGGAAUAAAUCUUUAA